AUGGACAUAGAAGGAGUGUUUUUCUCUUCAUUCGCCUUGUCCGAAGAUUCCUCUAUGGUAUCUUCAGACUCGUAUUUCCCAGAUACGUUUCCCGACAACCUUUUUAAUCAUGAUAGUUUACUGAUUACUUCGCAUGACGAUGGUCUUGUGAAGAUCUUGAGAAGCGACAUUGAUGACAUAUGUGACUGGCUUUACGCCGGUCAUAGUGAAGAUGGGACUUGUUCGUCUGCAGUUUGGGCUGCAGACGAAUGGAGUCCUUCUCCUUCCUUGGAGUCGAACCAGAUCGCACAUGUGCUCACCGAGGUGGCUAUAGAUUUGCCAAGGAAGGAUGCGAAGCUAGAAAACGAACUGACCCUAACUCAUCUCCUAAGAGCUUUUGGAGAAGCCAUGAACGAUGGAAACAACGGAUCACUCGCAAAAGUGAUAGUUGAGUCCAUAAAUGAGAAGAGCAGCCCUCAGGGGAAUUUAAUCGAACGGGUUGCGUACAACAUGUUCAAGUCCAAAGACGGCGAAUAUUUGAGACAAGAAUCGGUUAAGAACUUUGCAACAGCACUCAAUGUGUUGUACCGAAGCCUAAUCUGUGGGAGGUUUGCUCACAACGCGGCCAACGCAGCCAUUCUUGAAUCUAUACCCGAGGACGUGACGGUGCUGCAUAUAGUCGAUUUUGAAAUCGGAGAAGGGAUCCAAUGGCCUGCAUUGAUGGAGGCCUUGAGCAGGAAACAGAAGCCGGUGGUGAGGCUCACGGCUAUAAAACGAGAAGGCGAAGACGCGUUUGAGGAGACGAAGAAACGACUGCAUGAUCACGCGAGGCAGUGCGGCCUAGAGCUGCACAUUGAGGAGAAAUGCAUUCAAGAAUUCGCGGCUGAGAUGAGGAGAAGGAAGAGGAAGAGGGAGAACGGAGGUGGUAGAGAUUGGCUAGUGUUCAACGCCAUGGUUGCGCUGCCGCAUAUGGGGCGAAGGAGGCGGAGAAGCGGCGUGGUGGAGUUUUUGAAGGUGGCGGAGGGGUUGUUGGCGAAAUAUGAAGGAAUUCUGAGCCUUGGUGAUGGAGAAGCAGGGGUAAAAUGGGGAAAUUGCGUUAGCUACGAAUCUUAUUUUGGGGAGCUUGUUGAGCACUAUCAAGCUCUAUUCGAGUCGUUGGAGUGUAACUUGCCGGUUUAUUUGGGAGAGGCGAGAACGGCGAUGGAGUGUCUAUUUUUGGCACCUUUGAUGUGCCCGUUUGCAUGGUUUGAGGAGUGGGAGGAGAAGGUCAAAGGUGUCGAGUUUGAGAGCGUUUUGGAGGGGCGGAGAGCGAGUGAGGAGAGCUUGGCGGAAGCUAAGUUGAUGGUGGAUGAGAGAGAGAAUUGGUACAGUGUGAGGAUUGAAGGGUUGAGAGAGAAUGAGAUGGUGUUGCGAUGGAAGGAGACUAUGCUAGUGAGAGUGUCCAUAUUUUGUAGUAGGUUGUUGUGA